GCCACCGCCUCCUCCAUCACCAUUAUAAGCAAAGACAUGCGGACGACAAUACUCAGCACAACAACGCAUCCAACACAUACUGCUGUAUUUCCUUCCAAAGCUGGCUUUGAAGGACACUAUUUUCAAUGUCAAAUAUUUUGAGGCACCAUGGCUCUGCACUUGAGGGAAAGUCAAAUGAAAAUCGUGUACAGUCUAAUUAUAGUAAUGUCUCUGAGCUUGGGCUUAUUGAAGAUCUCCAAAUUUCGAAGGACAGAAGAAGUGUGUUCACAGAAGCCACCGGUACAGGAUCUGGGGGAAACACAGGCAUGUCUGGCAGUCAUCAAGGGAGACGUGGGACUGGCUUCUCGUGAGGACCUAAAAUCUGUUCUAACAAAAAAGAAAAGCCGUUUUGAGGGUGUUUUGUCUGAGUCUUUCUACCUCAAUCAGACAAAAAACUGCAGUGCUUUUAUAUCAGAUAGAAGAUACGUUACUGCAACUCUGAGCGAAGAGGAGAGGGACUUCCCCAUCGCCUACUCCAUGGUGAUCCAUGAGAAGAUCGAGAUGUUCGAGCGGCUCCUCAGAGCUCUUUACGCACCACAGAAUGUUUACUGUGUGCAUGUGGACAAGAAGGCACCGGAGCCUUUCAAAAAGGCAGUGGAGGCUAUAGCUUCCUGUUUCCCUAAUGUGUUUUUGGCAGCUAAGCAGGAGACGAUAGUUUAUGCCUCCUGGUCACGAGUCCAGGCUGACCUGAACUGCAUGGGAGAGCUGCUCGAUUCACCUGUGAAGUGGCGGUACAUUCUCAACACCUGUGGAGCUGACUUUCCCAUCAAAACCAACGCGGAGAUAGUGCAAGCACUGAAACUGCUCAACGGCAAAAACAGCUUGGAGUCCGAGGAGACUCCUAAACAUAAAAAGGUUCGGUGGGAGCGCCAUUAUGAGGUCAAAGGGUCGGGUAUCAUUCAGACAAACGAGAGAAAAACUCGUCCACCCAUCAGCACACCCAUGUUUUCUGGGAAUGCGUACUUUGUGUUGAGGAGAGAGUUUGUGGAGCAGCUGUAUAAAAACCCAGAGGCUAAGGCUUUGCUGGAGUGGGAGAAGGACACAUACAGUCCGGAUGAACACCUGUGGGCAACUCUCCAGCGCAUGCCCACCAUGCCAGGAUCCAACCCUCCCAACCACAAAUAUCACACAUCUGACAUGAUCUCCAUUGCCCGUCUAGUGAAGUGGUCAUAUCUUGAAGGCGAUAUAAGAAAGGGAGCCCCUUAUCCCCCUUGUCAAGGUAGACACAGACAUUCAGUGUGUGUUUACGGACUUGGGGAUCUCACAUGGAUGGUACAACAGCGGCACUUUCUUGCCAACAAAUUUGACGCAGAAGUGGACGAUGUCGCACUUACAUGCUUGGAGCAUUAUUUGCGUAAUAAGACUAUUGGUUGGACAUCUGAUCAGGCUUGCUAAGAAAAAGUAUUAGCCUAGUUAGGAUAUUUAUGGCAUCAAUGCACAACUCACUAGCACUGUAUAACAAUGAUUACUUUUGUUGAGUUCAACACAGUACAUUCAGUGUAGGCCUAUAGUUUAGUCAUCUCGAUUUAUUUAUGCAGUUAUGGAGUUUUAAGCUACAAAUGAAAGCGUUCUCUGUGUUGACUCAGUCUCUAUGGAAACAUUCAAGACAAAGUGUCAAAACUGUCUCAGUCAUUUUGUUAUAUGAAGACUACAUUCAGUGUGACAACCAUGCUGUGUCAGACAUUUCUCUGCACAUUUGUAGUUCUAUUGUAGGCUACAUACCACAUUACUGUACACAUUUACCAAUUUACAACUGAUAAAAUAAUUUUCUUCCUCCUCUCAUCUUCUCAUCAUGCCUAGUCUUUUCCUCGUAAAGAGUGGUGUUGCGAAAUUGGGAAUUUCAGCAGCUAGGUCAGGACACCAGCAAAACAACAGACACAGGUACAGUGACUACUGCACCCCAAGGAAGGCAGACAUUUAUUCUAAGUAAACUUUCCUUAACAUCUUCCCUUUUUAAAGUAAUGGGCAAUUCCAGCGUUAUGGAUGUGACAUU